UUGAUUGUUGGGGUUGAAGUUUGCUUGUGGGCACAGUCACAUGGUGUUUGUACUGUUGAGACACGGUUUGGCUUAAAGUCAAGUGAAUUGCGAAAGGUCUGUAUUUUAAGUUGAUUCUUGAUUGAGCGGAAAUCCGCCAUCUUUUUCUGGGUAGGAGGAGGAAAGUUGUGUUUCUGUUUCGGGUCAGAGUUAUUGGAGAAAGUAUUUUAAUUUAUAGUUCGCUUACUAAAUUGGAGUUUUAGUUCUUGUUGGUAUUAAUGAUUCUUUUGUAAAUUCGGAGCUUGUGAGCUGGAUUAAAGGUCCUUCCGAUCUCCGGUGAUCAUAAGCAGUGAAGGGGAGAGGAGUUCACUGGAGAUGGAAGGAAGAGGGCUUUCGGACUUGUAUAGGAACACCAGUGAGGAAUUAUUUCUGAGAUCUUAUAUGGAGAGCUCAGUGGGAAUGUCUAUAACACCUAUGGACAUGAUGGGAUUUAAGAAUCUUUCACAAAACUUUCGUACGGACAGCGAGGAGCUUUUCAGAAGCUGGCUAACAGAUGGAGAGAAUAAUUGCUUCAACCCACCAAGUAUGGUGCACCGAACUCGACAAGGAUCACGGAGGAUAUCCACAGAAAUAACCAAUUUGAAUGGUCAGCAACAUGUUGGUAUACUUCAGAAGAAAAGAAGCAAUGACAAUUUAUUCCCACAAAAUAAUGCCGUGACUGAUGAUAUCACAGGCAAUGCCAAUCAUCACUCAAUCAGGAAUGCAGUUGAAAAGGGAUUGCAAGCUAGUGAGUUAUGUCUGGCUAAGGCAUGGUUUCAUAGUACUCAACCGAUGACAAGAAGCCGAUCCUCUGAGUUGCGGAGGAAGUAUGCCACCAUGCAAACAGCUCAAACAACACUAGGUUUGGAAGGCAUUCACAACACUUCUAUGCGUGGCAUCUGUACAACGAAUCAAGAUUAUCCAUAUCCAAAUGGAUUUAAUGGUCCCGUGAGUGAGAUGCCCAGACAAAUGGAUACAUUCAUGUCACCGUCGAAUUCUUCCUCCUCGACUUUUAACACCAAACCAAUUGCUGAGAUGGAUAAAGUGUCCUCUCUUGUAAGUAUGCUAAAAGGAACAUUGGAGCGCAAGAAGCUUAACAACCAGACUGAAAAAGAAGUUCUAGAACAUAACAGCUAUAAUGGGGUUUUUCCCGCUCAAGAAGUUAUGGUUAGUGCCAACUUCAUUCAAGGACAAAGGAACCAGAUUCAUGAAAGGCCUUUAACUUUUCAUGAAGUAUCCCCUAUGCAAGUUAAGGAUGGUGGAGUUAUGCAAAUGAUUGAUGGAUCAAUGGAGCUUGAACUGGAUGGUUUUGUGAAUUCGACAAACCCAAUUCAAUUAAGUAGAGUUUCCCAAGAACCUUCCCAAAGUGAAUCCUCUGCAGCUGCACCAGUUCUUUCAUCCGGCUUUGACGCAUGUGACGGUCCCAGCAACUCCAGUCAAGCUAUAAGUGUUUCUGAAAGCUCAAGGAAACAAUCUAGAAAUAGGAGUUCGGAAAAUGGCUCUAGAGCUAAAGAUAUCAGAGAACGGAUUAUUGGCAAUAUGAAAGAUGAUCGAAAGAGGGGGAAUCUACACCGACAUGGAUCCGUGACUUCGGCUAUUUCAGUUGACAAGGAGGACGCAACAAAAAAGCGUAGGGUGGAGAGAUCACGAAAAAUGGCAGAAGCAAAGGAAAGAAAUUCAACUCCAGCAAUUCCGUCCGAUAUGCAAUCUGUCUUGAAGCGGUGUGAAAUUCUUGAGAAGGAAGUUCGAUCGCUCAAACUUAACUUGUCCUUCAUGAAUAGGAAGGAUUCUGAGCAGACCAAGCAGAUUGAAGAGCUUCAGAAACAGAACGAGGAUUUAUUGGAUGAGAAAGAUUGCCUUAUAGAAGAGAUCAAGAGGAUCAUGUCAGAAACUGGCAAGAUAUGAUACUUUGAAGUUGUGAAUGAUUAUAUGCGAAGGAACCAACCAGUGUAUUUAAUUAAUUUUACUAAAUCUACUCAAAUUUAACUAAAGAUUGGUUCUUAAUGUGUAACAAUAGUUAACUUUUGCAAAACUGCUACGUUUGAAGGUGAUUGAUUCUC